AUGAUGGAGAAUUACCAAAAACUGGAGAAAAUUGGUGAAGGCACCUACGGUGUCGUUUACAAAGCCCGGGAUCUCUCUCAUGGCGGCCGCAUCGUCGCAUUGAAGAAGAUUCGACUUGAAUCCGAAGAUGAAGGUGUACCAAGCACUGCCAUCCGAGAAAUCUCUCUUCUGAAGGAGAUGCGAGACCCCAAUAUCGUUCGACUGUUUAACAUCGUCCACGCUGAGGGGCAUAAGCUGUACCUUGUCUUCGAGUUUCUCGACCUCGACCUAAAGAAGUAUAUGGAGGCGCUUCCCAUCAGCGAUGGCGGUCGUGGUAAAGCUCUUCCUGAAGGCUCCGGCCCCGAGUUGGGACGGCUUGGAUUGGGCGAUGGUAUGGUCCGACGAUUCAUGAGCCAGCUUUGCGAGGGUAUCCGAUACUGCCACAGCCAUCGAAUUCUACACAGAGAUCUGAAGCCGCAGAACUUGCUGAUUGACCGUGACGGAAACCUGAAGCUUGCUGACUUUGGUCUGGCACGCGCCUUUGGCGUUCCUCUUCGUACCUAUACUCAUGAGGUCGUCACGCUCUGGUACCGAGCCCCCGAGAUCUUGCUUGGUGGCCGACAGUAUUCCACCGGUGUCGAUAUGUGGUCUGUGGGAUGCAUCUUUGCCGAGAUGUGCACCAAAAAGGCAUUGUUCCCUGGAGACUCGGAGAUCGACCAGAUCUUCAAGACUUUCCGCCUACUAGGAACGCCUACUGAAGAGGUUUGGCCUGGCGUGACCUCUUAUCCCGACUUCAAGGCAUCCUUUCCUAAGUGGAUUCGGGAUACCUCGCAGAGCUUAUGCUCCAACCUCGACGAAGUUGGCUUAGAUCUCCUUGAAGCUCUCCUCGUUUACGACCCUGCCGGCCGAAUGUCAGCGAAGCAAGCCUGCCACCACCCUUACUUCAACAAACUUCAUCAGCAGGGUCGCUUCGGGAGCAACGCAUAUGCUUAA